AUGUCGGACCCUAUUUCCCUUGGCCUUGCGAUUACACCUUUAGUUAUUGAGGGCGAGCCCCUCGUAGAGGCUGUCAAACGACUCAGGACUCGUGUAAAAAUUACACUCAAUCAUUCGAGUUAUAAUGAAGCUCUAGCAAAACUGAAGGAGUCAAAUUACGAUUUAAGAGACAUCCGAACUCACUUGAAGGAACUUAACUCGCAAGGCUCGCAUCCGAGCACGCCGACAACUGAGGUUGCGCCAGCGUCAGCAUCGAUAUCGGCUUCUCCCGAACGGGAGGAAACACGAAGAGUGGGGUUGGCUGCCCAUGCUCUCUACGAAGUUAUGGGCACUUCAUGGGUAUGUGAUAUACAAUCACAUCGCCGCCAUCUUGUGAGGCUCUUUGUGAGUACUAGAGUUGAGGAAGACGUACAGAUGAACCUUUCGUUAUCUGGCGACCAUCGUCAUCAGCCUAGCUAUGAUUUGUCCGUCCCAUCGCUAGAACACGGGACACUUAGUGUCGCUCGACCGAUCGAAUUCCCUCUAUUAGUUCGAGCCUCCAUUAUUAAUAACUCCCUGGCGGCUGGGUUGGGCCCUAUAGAUGUAAAAACUUCAACAGAGUCUCAAACCUCUAAACGAAGAAAGGUUGUGCGGGUCGAGUUCGACAACGGCUAA